GUCACACCCUGCUGCCGCGCCCAGGGGGCCUGGGAUCGGUUGCUCGAUGGUGGAGGCUGCGGUGGUGCCGGUCCGACAGAGCAAGAGUGCAAUGCAGCCAUGCGUCAAUGCCGAGAGUGCCAGACAGCGGUUUCGUACUAUGCUUUCAACAGAACUGCAGCCAGCAAUGUGUCGGUGGAUGUAUCCUCAACACGGGUUGAGUGCGAACUGCCUCCCUGGAAUCCAAACCAUUGCGCCAGAUCCGUAAAGGGUUUCGGCAUCGGCGUGCUGAUUGCAACUGGUAUCUCUCUGCUGAUUGUGGCGAGUGUCGGUGGCAUUGCCUUUGAUUGGCGACUGCUGCCCGCCAUUGUCGCCCGGGAGCGGAGAAAGCUCUUGGUGGAGGCCAUCGCAGUUCAGGACAAG